AGGGCGCGUCCUUCCAGAAGCGAAAGGGCCCAGUGCACAUGUUCAGGAAACAAUGAAGGGAGACACCAGACACCUCAAUGGAGAGGAGGACGCCAGCGGGAGGGAAGACUCUGUCAUCGUCAACGGGGCCUGCAGCGACCAGUCCUCGGACUCCAAGGACGCCCCCUCGCCCCCCAUCCUGGAGGCUAUCCGCACCCCGGAGAUCAGAGGCCGCCGAUCAAGUUCACGGCUGUCCAAGAGGGAAGUGUCCAGCCUGCUGAGUUACACUCAGGACCUGACGGGUGAUGGAGAUGAAGGUGAAGAUGGAGAUGGCUCCGACACGCUUGCAAUGCCUAAGCUGUUCCGGGAAACCAGAACUCGCUCUGAAAGCCCAGCAGUCCGCACCCGAAAUAACAACAGUUCUUCCAGCCGGGAGAGGUAUAGGCCCUCCCCACGGUCUACUCGUUCCACCCGAGGCCGGCAGGGCCGCAAUCACGUAGAAGAAUCCCCCGUGGAGUUCCCGGCUACCAGGUCUCUGAGACGGAGGGCCACAGCCUCCGGAGGAACUCCAUGGCAGUCCCCUGCCAGUCCUUACCUCACCAUUGACCUCACGGACGAUGAUGCGACACCCCAGAGCAGCAGUACUCCGUACCCUGGCCUUCUGCAGGACAGCCAGCUGGACGGCUUGGAAUCCUCCCAGAUGGACGCAGAGAGGGAUACAGAUGGUCCAGAGUAUCAGGAUGGGAAGGAGUUUGGAAUAGGGGACCUCGUGUGGGGCAAGAUCAAGGGCUUCUCCUGGUGGCCAGCUAUGGUAGUGUCCUGGAAGAGCACCUCGAAGCGCCAGGCCAUGUCCGGCAUGCGAUGGGUACAGUGGUUUGGCGAUGGCAAAUUCUCAGAGGUUUCUGCGGACAAGCUCGUCGCAUUGGGAUUGUUCAGCCAGCACUUCAAUCUUGCGACUUUUAAUAAGCUGGUUUCCUAUAGGAAGGCCAUGUUCCAGGCUCUUGAGAAAGCCAGGGUCCGUGCUGGCAAGACCUUUUCCACCAGCCCCGGGGACUCUCUGGAGGACCAGCUGAAGCCCAUGUUGGAGUGGGCCCAUGGGGGAUUCAAGCCCACUGGUGAGGAAGGCCUCAAGCCUGACAACAGCAAGCAACCAGUGGUUAAUAAGUCGAAGGUGCGCCGUUCAGGCAAUAGGAGCUUAGAAGCACGGAGACACGAGAGUAAGAGUCGGAGACGGACAGCUGAUGACUCCACAGCCUCGGACUAUUGCCCUCCGCCCAAGCGCCUCAAGACCAAUUGUUACAACAAUGGCAAGGACCGGGGAGAGGAGGACCAGACCCGAGAACAAAUGGCUGCAGAUGUGACCAACAACAAGGGGAGCCUAGAAGACAGCUGCUUGUCCUGCGGAAGAAAGAACCCUGUGUCUUUCCACCCGCUCUUUGAGGGUGGGCUCUGCCAGAUUUGCCGGGAUCGCUUCCUUGAGCUGUUCUACAUGUACGACGACGAUGGCUAUCAGUCCUACUGCACUGUGUGUUGUGAGGGCCGCGAGCUGCUACUGUGCAGCAACACGAGCUGCUGUCGGUGCUUCUGUGUGGAGUGUCUGGAGGUGCUGGUGGGCACUGGCACGGCAGCAGAUGCCAAGCUGCAAGAGCCCUGGAGCUGCUACAUGUGCCUCCCACAGCGGUGCCAUGGCGUCUUGCGCCGGCGGAAGGACUGGAACAUGCGUCUACAGACGUUCUUCACCAGCGACAUGGGGCACGAAUAUGAAGCCCCCAAGCUGUACCCUGCAAUUCCUGCAGCUAAGCGGCGGCCUAUUCGAGUACUGUCCUUGUUUGAUGGCAUUGCAACAGGGUACUUGGUCCUCAAGGAACUGGGCAUCAAGGUGGAGACGUACAUCGCUUCGGAGGUGUGUGAGGAAUCCAUUGCCGUCGGAACUGUUAAGCAUGAGGGAAAUAUCAAAUAUGUGAAUGAUGUCAGGAACAUCACCAAGAAAAAUAUUGAGGAGUGGGGCCCCUUUGACUUGGUGAUUGGUGGGAGCCCGUGCAACGACCUCUCCAAUGUGAAUCCUGCCCGGAAAGGCCUGUAUGAGGGCACAGGCCGCCUCUUCUUUGAGUUCUACCACCUGCUAAAUUACACACGACCUAAGGAGGGGGACGACCGGCCAUUCUUCUGGAUGUUUGAGAAUGUUGUAGCCAUGAAAGUUGGCGACAAGAGGGACAUCUCGAGAUUCCUGGAGUGCAAUCCAGUAAUGAUUGAUGCCAUCAAAGUAUCUGCUGCUCACAGGGCCCGAUACUUCUGGGGCAACCUACCUGGGAUGAACAGGCCUGUGAUAGCAUCCAAGAACGAUAAGCUCGAGCUGCAGGACUGCUUGGAAUUCAAUAGGAUAGCAAAGUUAAAGAAAGUACAGACAAUAACCACCAAGUCGAACUCGAUCAGACAGGGGAAAAACCAACUUUUCCCUGUUGUCAUGAAUGGCAAAGAAGAUGUUUUGUGGUGCACUGAGCUCGAAAGGAUCUUCGGCUUUCCUGUACACUACACGGACGUGUCCAACAUGGGCCGUGGAGCCCGCCAGAAGCUGCUCGGGAGGUCCUGGAGUGUGCCUGUCAUCCGACACCUCUUUGCCCCACUGAAGGACUACUUUGCCUGUGAAUAGUCCCCACCCAGGCCUGUUGGGCCCUGGGGUGUGCCAAGCCAGGAUCAGGAGAAGUCAUUCCUGACCCCAGGCACCCCCAGGCUCUGCCCUUGCUCAGCUCAGCUGGGUGAGGUCUCGCCCAAGGACCUCGGAGCCAACUGACCCUGUCUCUUGCAGGAGGAUGGUGCCACCUCCUUGUGCACAACUCGGACCUGGUUGCUAAAAGUAGCCAAACACGGUGCUCAUUUUUACUUUCCAAUCUUAAACAAGAAAAACUUGAAGUAGGUAGAAAGAUGACAUUUCUCCCUCAUCUUGUGUUACUGCUCAGAGAAAUGGCUAAGAUACCAAAAUAGUCACGCCAGUAGCUCUUCAGUACUCAGGUUGCUGCUGGCAAAUCAUCCAAAAGACAGGUAUGAUAAAAGGAAUAAAAAGAUACCUGCGCCUCCAGGAUAUAGGAGUGUGCAGCUGUAGACAUAUAGUGAAGGGACUUUUAAGGGCCCGCGAUGUUUUUUCUAGGGCUAGUGGGAGUGGGAUGGAUGUGUAUGUUCUGGAAUUUUAUGUGGCAUACAACACUUGCAAGGCCCAGCAAGCGCUGGAGGCUGCUGAUGGAACCUUUAGUAUUUCCCACAAUGAUGAUGUCAACAGGGAUGAUGUCAUCGUCACUUUCAGGGCUGUUUUUCCCCCCCCACACAGAUCCAAGGGCCUGGGCCACCCUUAUCUCUAGAUCCUUCCGGGUUAAGUGUAGGAGAAGCCUCAGGGGAAGUUUAUUUAGGAAGGUGUGGGCUUUGUUUCCUUAUUAUGUAGCCAAGUCCAGCUGUCCCCUUCUUAUGUGAGAAGCAUGGAGGGAGGGACCUUUGGUAAGACCCCCAUCUCCUGAAGAUGCCCCCUCCCCAACACAGGUGCAAGCCGCCACUCCCCCCAACCCCAGUAGGAUUUCCUGACUACUAACUCGGUGAUCAUUUUAUCAGUUUCCCCUUCAUCUAAGAGAUGACUGGGGAAAUUGCAGUAGAAGCUUAUUCCCCUACUUGCAGGUUUUUAAAUUCUUUUUUAUUCCAUGUUUUUAGGGGGAACAGGCGGCCAAGCCAAGCAAACUGCAUUUCAGAAAUGCUGUUCUGUAAUGGUUUUUAACACCUUUUACUCUUACUGGUGCUAUUUUGUAGAAUAUCCAACAACUUUGUGACAAAUUUUGUGGGGCUUUUUAUACAUGGUUUUUUUUUUUUAAAUCUCAGACUUCUAUUUUUAUGUUUCAACAUUUUCAUUAAGAUUUUGUUUUACAACUGGAGCCAUGGAACAAGUAUGGGGUGCCUUGUUUCAACAGUUUUUGCUAAUUUCUGGGCUUGAAGAUGACGAUGCCUAGAGU